AUGUCAAAAAAUUAAAAUAUUUUACCUGGUUAUUUAACACCAAAUAUUCACUAAUCCCAGUAUAAUCAGCCCUCAAAUAAUAGUAAUUUUCGUAAUAAAUCUUAACACAAACAUAUUUAAUAUCAAAAAUCUUAUCUUCAUGAAAUAUAUGGUCCUUAUUAUACAUUAUAGGAAGAAGAUGGAUUAUAGUAUGAUUAAUAAUUUGCAAAAUUUACAGAAACACUAGAAAAUGAAAAUUUUUGUAGAUUAUAUGAACUCGUAAUGGAAAAUAAGGCUUUACAUUCGUGGGCCGAUGCAAUUUUUUAUGCAGAUAAAUUGGCUACUUUAACUGACGGAUUUGCUCCUUAUGUAUAUAUAUUAGGAGAGUGUUUUUUUUUAAAUACUGAUUUUAAGAAAGUUCAUUUAUUAUUUUAAAAAUAUAAAGUACUAAAUCAUAAUGCACAUUUUUAAAUACUUGCAGCUAGGGCUCUUUUUAAAAAUAAAUAAUAUGAAUAAUGCAUAAAUGCUUUAGAAGUAAAUUUCGAAGAAAAUAUUAAUCCAAAGCUUGAAGCCUAAAAAAAUUUUUUAAAAGGUUAAUGUUAUGAAUCACUCGAAAACAAAUAGAAUGCAGUUUAUUAAUAUAUAGAAUGUUUAAAAAAAGAUCCGACUUGUCAUGAAGCUUUUAAGAGAAUGAUAGAUUUCUAUUUAUUAGGUAAUGUCGGUAAAGAAUAGUUACUGACUUCUUUAAAUUUUAACUAAUAAGAUAUAUGGAUUAAAGAAUAUUAUUUAUAAAGAAUUAGUGAAGAUACUGCAUGUAAACUAGAUGUUUCAGCAAACGCAAAUAAAAAUGUAAUGGAAGAUGAAAUAUAGAAUAACAAUAGUUUAAGUUAAAUUAAAGCUUCUAAUUUAUAUGGAAUAUUACAAUAAAAAAAUAAUAUAGAUUUAUUGUGUAUUAAAGCAAAAAAUUGUCUUUCUAAAUAUAAUAUUAUGCGAUCUUAUGAUAUUUGUGUAAAAGCAAUAAAAUCUGAUCCUUUAUAUUUUGAUAUAAUUCCUGUAUAUUGUGCUUGUUUAUUACAUUUAAAUUAUUUAGGAGAACUAUAUUAUUGUGCGCAUAAUUUGGUUGAAAAUUACUCAACUCAUCCUUUAAGUUGGUUUGCUAUAGGAUCUUACUACUAUCUUAUUGCCAAAUAUGAAAUUGCUAGAAAAUACUUCUAAAAGGCUAUUUUCUUAGAUAGAAAUUUUGUCUAUGCUUGGAUUGGAAUGGCUCAUUCCUUCGCCAUUUAAGAUGAAUCUGACUAAGCUAUGAGUUUUUAUAGAACAGUAAGUAGAUUGUUCCCUGGAUGUUAUAUGGCUCAUCUGUAUAUGGGAAUGGAAUAUUUAAGAACAAACAAUUUAAAAACGGCUUUGCUUUCAUUUUAAUAUGCAAAAGAAAUUAAUUAAAAUGAUCCACUUAUAUAUAAUGAAAUAGGUGUAAUAUACUUUAAAUAAAAAAAUUAUGAAGAAGCCAAAAAAACAUAUUUGAUUGCCCUUAAUUUAUGUUCAGAAGCAGCUAACUCAAUAGUACAUACUAUUUUAAAUAACUUAGCCCAUACUUAUAGAAAAAUGAAGGAAUAUAAAUUAGCUAUUUAAAGCUAUGAAAAAUGUAUUUAAUUAGAGCCUAAGAAUUAUUAAACCUAUCUUUCUCUUGCCUAUACCUAUCAUAUUUCUAAUCAGUUAAAUAAAGCAGUAGCAUAUUACCAUAAGUCAUUAUAUCAUAAACAUGAAAAUUAAUUUGCAUAUGAUAUGUUAGAUAAAUGUUUAAGAGAUGCAUCUGAAAAUUAAUGGGAAAAUGUUUAUGAUAUAAAAUAAGAUUGA